AUGCCCAUACCCCAAUCGAUUCAUGCAGCUCUUGCGGAGAUCCCACCAACAGCUCCCUAUCAACAGAUGCACAAACCUAUAGGCGGGUUCGAUGCUAUGCCGGAACCAGCCGCACCGGAUCAGGGUAAUGGGGGAUACGAGGCCGAGAGGUCAAGGAUAGGGAGGGGGCAAGACGGCAGGGGCAGAGAAGAAAGAAGAGGAGGGCAAAGGAUGAAGGGGGUGGAAUAA